AUGAGCACGUCUGUCUCUUCUGCUGAUAAUUUCUUUUCUUCCCUUGUCUGUUGUUCAGUGCAGUGGAUAUUUCUUCUGUCCCUGAUGAUGAUGGAAACACUAAGCAAAACAGACUACGCUCUCACCCUAACUGGAUUUUUCACCUUACUAUCUCUUCUUGAACAUGGUUACACUUACAGCCUACCCCAUGAUGAAGGAAAAAAGCUGAACAAAGAAAGAGCAGAAAUAUUCUAUGAUAACAAGAUUAUUCCAGAACGAGUAGAAAAAAAUGUAUAUAUUUACAAAACCAUUACCAAUAGAUUUGCUUUCAUAAAAAAAAAUGACAACUCACCAUUGGCAAUUACUGUUACACCAUGUGCAUCUCACAUCACCUGGAAGGUUACAUUUCGUGAAAUUCACUCACAGUUGGACUCCGCCACAGGAAACACACCCUCAGCACCUUUAAUUCAUCUUCAAAAUUUUACAACAAGGGAUGUCAAUGAUGUCCACCAACAAUUCCAAAAAGAGGAAUUCUGUCAGCUGAACUCACCCAUAGGACUCAGCUGGUGA